AACUAGCCGUGACCGCGACAUGUACGCAAUAAGCCGUGUUCGCCCGCACGCGGUGAAUAAAACCAGCUGUGACCGCACCCAAGCGGUGUGCAAAGGAAGCCACCGAAGUGACGAGGACCCGCCGUGGGAGAACAGGACCCAAAGAAGGGACACAAGGAUCCGACAUGGACAACCCAAGGACGAGCGACGCACAGCCUCUAGAGGCAGAGGAUGGCACGGAGGGGCAUCCUAUGGGUGCGUCGCCGCCCAGCUCAAGGCAAACACGGUCCACGACCAGCCAACCACAAGCAAGACACCACUCCCCGACCCCGCAAGCAGAACCGGGCAACACCACGCAGCAUGGACCAUCAACAGGAGAACCCAAACGGCCCGAUCCCGGACACCAGCUGGGACGACGGGUGGCACGCCAGACUGCAGGAGUGGGACGCGCAGGAGGAGGCGGCAGCCCCGGAAAGAGGAGAGAAUCCCGAUUGGCAGCCGCUGGACCACGCACCAAUGAAGUGGCUAUCGCCAGUUCCCACCGACCACAACGCCCCGAACCCGGAACCGACGAGCUGCACGGCCCGAGAGACCGAACCAGGAAACCCGAGCCAACCAAAGGAGGACAGCGACCUGUCAUUGGGCUUGGAAGAGGCAGAGGCGGGCGGACUGCUCACAGCGUUCGAGGAGAUGCCCGAGCUAAACGCGCUGCAGGAGGAGCAGGAAUGGCCAAUCGCCCCAGUCGCCUGGCGGGUAAGCACGCCUGACCGCCGCAUCCCGCAAAGCCUGCUGGAAGGCGCCAGCGCUCCUGAGUAUCGGGUAUAAAAAUGAGUA